AUGGUUGCAGCCCCGAACAAGUACGGUAUGUCCUGUCCAGCGUUGACGAUGCAGAAGAAGUGCAAUCAGAUACGGUGCCCCGUGAACUGCAAGGUGUCCGAGUGGAGCGGCUUCUCCACGUGCACCGCGGACUGCGGCGGCGGCCAGCAGCAGCGGACCCGGGCGAUCCUCGUGAAGCCGAGGACGAACGGCGGCGCGGAGUGCGACUCCGCCCUGGAGGAGCGGCCCUGCAACACGGGCUCCUGCAACAGGGACUGCGUGCUGGACCACUGGACCGAGUGGGCUGGGUGUUCGGCGGCCUGCGGCGGCGGCGUGCGAAGCCGGGCGCGCGGCGUGCUCGCCCCCAUCCGCGCCCUGGGCAAGUGUCCGGCCGAGACGCACCCGGACAGGCUCGAGGAGGAGCAGUGCAACACCCAGGCGUGCUACGGCGACGAGGUCUGCGUCGCGAAGCAGGACCUGGUUGUGGCGAUCGACGCAAGCGGAUCCGAGGAGGCCGGCUUCGAGAGGAUCCGCGCCCUGGCCGCGAACCUCACGGGGCGUUACAGGAGCACGUACUACGGCAAGGAACAGAUGAAGGUCGGCGCCCUGCUGUUCGGCCAGGGCCAGCAGGUGAGGGGCGGCCACACGUCGGCCGCUGAGGAGGUGAGCCCGCUGACGUCCGACCUGGCCAGCGUGGCGCGGAAGAUCGAGGGCCUCGCCUGGAGGCGGGGCGUCCCGAACAUGAUGCAGGCCCUGUCGCUGGCCGACAAGAUGCUGCAGCGGGGGCGCUCCGACGCCCAGAGCGCCAUCCUGGUGAUCACCGACGCUCCGUACGCAAACUCUGCGAGCACAUCGAGUAUGUUCCAGCACCUGAAAGACAAGAACGUCCGCAUCUUCAUGGAGCUCCCAUCAACCAGCUCGAGAACUCGGAUGAUCUGCAGGUCCUCAAGGCGUGGGCCAGCUGGCCGUGGCAGCAGAAUUUCGAGCUCAUCCCAGGCCACGAUGCCCUGGCGAACAACCACGACGACUUCGCCGAGAGGCUGGUCGCCAGGUUCUGCCCGGACAGCUUCUCGCCUUCGGCGCGCAGGUCUUCGGGUGAGACGAACGGGUACACUCUCGUUCGAGCAGGCGCGUGGCCGUCUCACGCCUGCGCGGCGUCCACCCAGCUGCCGAAGCGCUACGCCGGCCCGGAGGACUGCUACUUCGAGGACGAUACGGUCACUCCGCAGCGAUAUCCGCGCCUUUACGUUUAUGAAGGGCUCAUCGCGCUUGGACGGCGUGUGCUUCAGUGAGGGCGUCAAUGUGACCUCGGACAUGUGGCAGGAGUACCUCGACAACGCGACUGACGUCCCGUGCCCCGGGGGCGACUGGGAGGACAACCCCUACGCCCACACCUACUUCAUGAGGCCGGACGUGAGCUCCCUGGUCUGA